GUAAUUGACAGCUCCUCAGCCGCCAUCUUGGACCUCGAAAAACGAAUUUCUGACAUUCUUGUAAUUUUUUUCCUAAAACAAAAUCCACCGUGAUCCAUCGACGAAGAACCGGGGGCAGGAGACCGGUAUAACAUUCUUGUCGCGCUCGCAGGAUCCUCAGUCCGCAUCUGGCCGCCGUCGAGAGAUCGUUUUGCCGCGCUUCGCUGUUUUUUUUUCAUUUUUCAAAUAUUACGAAAAUCGUCACGUGAGCGUGUGUGAUUGGUCGUUAUUUCCAUCCCCCUUCGCCACCGAAAAAUGUCAACCACCAACGGCUUAACAUCCCCCUCGGAUCAGAAAAAGAAGACGCACGUGAUCCAACGAACGUGGGAUCAAAUCGAGGACGUGGAGGCCCCCGGGACCCCUCGCACCCCCAGAACCUCCACCACCCCCGGUCACGAGAAUUGCACUUUCCACCACGACUUGGAGCUGGACCAUAAGCCUCCCACCAGGGAGGCCCUGCUCCCGGAAAUGUCCAGAUCGUACCGGCUGCUCCUGGGUUCUUUAGGGGAGAACCCGGACCGCCAAGGGCUCCUAAAAACCCCCGAAAGGGCCGCCAAGGCCAUGCUCUUCUUCACCAAGGGGUACGACCAGAAUUUGGAAGAGGUCCUUAACGACGCCAUUUUCGACGAGGACCACGACGAAAUGGUGGUGGUGAAAGACAUCGAGAUGUUCUCCAUGUGCGAGCACCACCUGGUGCCCUUUUAUGGAAAAGUUUCCAUAGGGUAUUUGCCCUCUGGAAAGGUGCUGGGCUUAAGCAAGUUGGCCAGGAUCGUGGAGAUGUACUCCAGAAGGCUCCAGGUGCAGGAGAGACUCACCAAACAAAUCGCCGUGGCUGUUUUGAAGGCGGUACAGCCCAAUGGGGUGGCUGUCAUCAUUGAGGGAACGCACAUGUGCAUGGUAAUGAGGGGAGUGCAGAAGAUUAAUAGUAAAACGGUGACUUCGACCAUGCUGGGGGUGUUCAGGGACGACCAGAGGACCAGAGAGGAGUUCCUAAAAUUAGCCCUUGACCGAUAAACAACCCCUUAAAAGGGAAAUAUGACCAAUUUAUCGUAUCAGAUUAUGUUGCAAAGUUACGUUAAUAUUUAUAUAUAGAUAUACAAAUAUAUUGGAUGUUGUGUAAAUGUAAAACUGUGAUAUGUAAAAAAACGAUAAUAAACAUAUGUAUACAUAAUAUAUUUCCUGUUAAAGUAUUAUAUAAUAAAGACAAUCUAUAUAUACCUUAAUGUCUAUCUAUCAUAAAUAAAGAAAUGUCUAAAGAA